CUGCUCGCCGGCUUGCGAGAGAUGAGGUUGCCACCGCCGCGACUCCCGGCGCUACCCGCUUCGCUCGCCUGCGCCGCCGUUCUGGCCUGCACGCCGCUGAGUAUGGCGCCGGCUUAUGCAGACAUCAACGACGGGCAGCGCAUUGUGGGCGAGAUGUCGGGCAGCGGCUUCUUUCUGAAGGACACGCUGCGCAUCGAGUCCUUCAAUGACCCAAAGGUAGACGGCGUUCAGCUCUACCUCUCCGACUUCCAAAAGCCGCUGACCGAAAAGAUCGUGGCUGGCGACGUGUUCACCGACCCUACUCUUGCGGGCCUGACGUGCAGCGCCCGCGGAAGGGUGGUCGUGGGGCCUGAGGCCGUCACCACCGUCGAAGGCGAGGAGGUGUUCUCCGAGGCGCGAUCCCUGCUCUUCAAGUCGCUCAAGGUACGGCGGAUCAUCGAUCGCGAGGGCAAGAGCGUCGUCUAUGUGCUGUACUCGCAGAAGCUGGACAAGAGCAACGACCAAGACGGGAGUCGGUUC